UAGCGCCGCUCGCUUCGAUCCAGCGCCGCUGUUGCGCUCAAUUUACAGCCCAGCGAAAUCAACACAAACGUGGCGACUGUUCACACUGAUCUGACAUCGUGAUAUCAAUGGGAACCGAGGAGGUGCCAUUUGUCUUAAACAUGUUUUCCUUCCGUCAAGAAAUCCUGUUUAACAUUUUCUUAAAUGUCCCUUACUCUCCAAAAUCACGGAUUGGCAUUGGAUGUGUGAACUAAAAUUUAAAACCACCUUUGGCAACUACACAACCACUCAUCGCCCUCACCCAUGCUAGAAAAAGAUGGAAAGCCCACCUAAGCUAGCAGGGGAGACCCUUAUUGUCCACCACAUUCCGCUGGUUCACUGCCAUGUAUUGGGUUCGCGACAGUGCUGUGGUAGUCCAUUGAAAAGGAGCGGGAAUCCCUUCAGCUGUCCGGAGAACCUGGGACUGAGCCGGACUACCUCUCUGCCUGAGCGAGACAUUCUACAGAGGGAGGCGCUGGUGUACAGUAGCCUAAUUCAGACGUCCAGCAGCAGCCUUAGCUCAAGUGACACUUAUGGGGAUGGAGGGAUGAGAGGUGGAGUGAAACAAGGAAGAGGUAGAAUAGAAGGAAGCAUGGCAAGCAACACUUCCUCUUUUACGUCAAGUACUUCUGAAGAUCAGACUCAAGCCUUGCCAAUGAAAACACAUGAACGGUCAAACUCGCGGCGGAACCCCUUCCUGCUCAACACAGAAGAUGAAGAUGAAGAGGAUGAAGACAAUCUGAGUGGAUAUUUUGAAGACUCUUCUGUUCACUUGCAUGGAAAUUCACAUGAAAUCUCAAAUGCAGUGCAUGCAAAUGAAGACUUGCUGCCUUUCCACCUACAUGACCUUGGCUUCAAUGCUCAGCCUUUCCUAUUGCAUGACUCUUCAGAAAGUGGGGCAGUAGAGAGCAGAGACAAUACAAUAGGUGGGACUUUUGAUUUGUCUACUCACUUGGAAGGCCUGAACGUGCUGAGAUUGGACAGCCAGCAACGUUUUGGAAGCAGUGGUUCCACCCUCUCAAUGGACUGUGGUGAGCAAGAAUGGGGUGAGGAUGAUGAUGAAGAAGACCAGUCCAUGCUGGGCGGCAGAGGCAGCUCAGAGUGUUCCAGUCUGGCAGCACCUCAUUGCUCAUGUUGCGGCCUAUCCCAGCCAUACCCUGAACCUUUCCCAGACUUAUUUUCAGAGUGUCACCAGGGCUAUGCCAGUGAUUCUUCCUGUAACAGCUCAGAUGGAGUGCUGGUUAACUUCAGCGCAAUUUACAACAAGAUGAACAACGUUAUCCCAGCCAAGCUAUCACUUAAUAUCAACAGUUCCUCCGACCAAUCCUGUGCCUCGUCUGUUUCUGAGCUUGUUGGGAUGCUCGGGACAGAAUGUAGCAGUGGACAUGGAGCUUUCUACCUGGACCUACACACCUCCCCGACGGAACCUCCACGGCAUACUUCAGCUACUAUAGAACAUGCAAACUCUUCCUCUUCCUCUGUAUGUCCAUCUCAGCCACAAGAUGCCAGAAUUGAACUAGAUGCCAACUGUAACUCAUACCACAACCACCUUGGAAGCGAGGACCUGUCCUCUGCUGAAACCUAUGCUAACGACCUCACCUCAUGUCUUCAAAGCCAGGCCCGCUUGGUAGUAGCAACUCAGAAUUUCUACAAGCUUGUGACAUGUGACAUUUCUUCCCAGUCCUCUCCCAGUCCGGCAGGGUCAUCAGUCACAAGCUGCUCAGAUGAGCACAGCAAAGGUAGUCCCACUCAGCCAACAGAGUACUUUCUAUUCCAACAAAUGAAAGAGGAUGAAGAAGACACAGAGCUGCAGAAUAAAGAAAAAAUAGGGGAUGAUCCAAAUUUGACUGAAUCUACCCAUGAUAACGUCAUUGAGGGACAGGUGUAUAUCAACAUCUCCCCACCUAUUACAGCCUGCAAUUCAGUUGGUGCUUCGGUAAGUCGUUGCCCUCGAUCCCGCAGUUAUGACCGAAACUUGGAUAAGUCACCAUCUCCUCGUCUCAGAUCGCUGGAGCGCAUGCUUAGCUGCCCAGUUCGCCUUUGUGAGAGUGCAGCUCCAAGCCUGCCCCCUCCACCACGGGUCACUUCUUUUGCAGAAAUGGCAAGGAGUAAAAGAAGAACAGGAGGAUCACCACUGCAGAAGGGUGGCAUAGAGGCCACGUCUACACACUCCCAUUCUUCUGGAGAGUUCUCACCUAUCCUGGAAGACAUUCCGCUUGGUCAGAGCCACAGUAUACUGCCACUCAAUCGAUGCCAAAGCCAGGGAAGCUGUGAUAUGUCCUCUCCACAAAAACCAUGGAGUACACUACUGCGAGAGUCACCAGGGGGAGCAAGCAAGCAGACUCGAACCAAAGCAGACGGUGGCCUGUCUAGCUCCACAGACUCCUCGCAAGUUGUAGUUCGCUAUAGCAAAGAUCAGCGUCCAACCUCAUUAUCCAUACAGCCCUUCACUUUCCAGCACCAGUUUGGAAAACCCCAGGCAAAGCCGCUCCUUCCACUUCUGGACGGAUACAUCAGCCAUAUGCAGGCUCGAGGAGUUGCAGCACCUGAGGGUGGUGAAGACAACUCGGAAGAAGGUCACGCUGCUUCUAAUGCCCCAACAACUUUGCGGCCAUCUCCACUGGGCAGCUACUCGCCAGUUCGUCUCCAAGCUGCACCCAUCUCUUCUGGAACCUGCUCGACAUGCACUCCAACACCGAGUGGUCCAAAACCACCACGUUCCCUCUGUUGCCCCAUCUCUCCUGGUCUUCUUCCCCAGCACACCCCACCUGGAGAGGUCAUACAAACGGAGACUCCUAAACAUGCUCCCUUACCUCCUACGCCACCUCCACCACCACUGAUGAAGCAAGGCCCACUGAUACCUGCUUUGCCUACAAGAAUGAACUUUUUACACCGUGGGAAUUUGACAGAUUUGCCAACGCUUCCCAGCUCUGGUCUUAGUCCUCUAGGAAAUUUGGAGCCAGCUCCAGAGGAAGAGCCAGUUAAAGUUUUACCGGCGUGUGUGUCACAGCGACAGCCCAAUGUGCACCACCUGUCCCCUCAGGCACUGAAAUGGAGAGAGUACAGGCGAAAGAAUCCUCUUGGAGUGGAGCGUGGUAAAGACGGUCCCCCUCAUUCUCUCUCUUGUGCUCUGGAAACAAAGAGACCUGGAACUCGUGUCAUGCGACGCAAUGUGUUUGAUUUCCCUCCAACCAAUCAACUGCUCAGCUUCAGCAGAUUGAAUGGUCAGUCGUUGAGGCAAUUGCCAGAGUGCUACAGUGAUUUCCUGCCUGAUUAUUUUUCUCAGACUGAGCGCCCCCCAGAGGAAUUCUGCUUAUCUCCAGAUGCUAAUACUGAUGAAUCCAUCUCUAUAGACCUACUGCAGAAGAGAGGUUUGGUGAAGGCCAUCAAUACAGCAGUCGAUCUAAUAGUUGCUCAUUUUGGAACUAGCCGGGAUGCUGGAGUUAAGGCCAAAUUGGGGAAUAGCUCUGUUAGUCCUAAUGUGGGUCACCUGAUUGUAAAGUAUCUGUGUCCUGCCAUUCGUGAGGUACUGCACGAUGGACUGAAAGCCUAUGUACUGGACCUGAUCAUUGGGCAACGCAAAAAUCAGCCCUGGAGCGUGGUGGAGGCGUCCACACAACUCGGUCCCUCAACACGGGUUUUGCACUGUCUCUUCUCUAAAGUCAGUCAGUAUUCCGAGCUGACCAAUCACAGUAUGCGACUCAAUGCUUUCAUCUUCGGCCUGCUAAAUUUGCGAUCUUUGGAAUUCUGGUUCAAUCACAUUUAUACACAUGAAGACAUCAUUGCAGCACAUUAUCAGCCAUGGGGUUUCCUAUCCCUAUCUCAAGGGGCAUGCAAGCCACUGUUUGAAGAGCUUCUUCUCCUCCUACAGCCGUUGUCACUGUUACCCUUUGACCUUGACCUGCUAUUUGAGCCACACCAGCAACAAAAAGGAGAAGAGCACCUGAGACGCAAGGAACAGCUGUGUUCCACCCGCCAAAGCCUCGACCAAUCAGAUCGCUCUACUUUCCAACUCAUGAGAGGCUUUGGAACAUUGGAGCCUUCACAGAAAGUAGGGAUGGUGCCUUCGAGAGAAAGUUUUAUAUUGAGAGAAGAGGAUGCUCGUCUUCGAAUGGAGGGAGCAUUAAAAGUGAAAAGAGAUGGGCGAAAGAGUGAUGGUGUCAACUGUGAAUCACUGGGUAAGGUGGCUGGAGUUGGUAAAGAGUUACGAAAGAGUGAUGCAAGACAGAUAGAGGGAGUUGGAGGAGAAGUCAGUGAGAAGGAGAAAAGGAGAGAAAGAGAUGGAGACAUGACCAAACAGAGAAACAGACAAGAUGGGUGGUGGUACCAGCUCAUGCAGAGCUCACAGGUUUACAUCGACAACUCAGCUGAAGGGUCAAAAUUUGUGAAGUGGGAGAAGAGGAGGAAGGGAGGCAUUGAAAGUCACAGGCAAAUCCAUCCACCUCUUAGAGAAGGUGUAGUUGAGGGGGCCGAGGCCAUUCAGCAGAUGGAUGAAAAGGUGGACCAAGGUUGGACCAGCAAUAGCAAUAGGAAUACCACUGGCAAUGGGGUCCUCAACCAAUCAGCCUUGACAGAGCCCACCAAAGCUACAAAUGGAAAGCCAUCUUGGAUGGGAAGUCCACCAGAAUCAGUGCUCACGGAGCUAAAAAAGAGUAAGGAGAAGCAGACAGACUGCCAGGAUGCCUUUGAAGGGGUUCAGGCCCAGACGGAAGCAGGGGAGGAUGGGUCAGCACAAGUUUUGCGCUGGGGUCGGCUGUUUGGAGCUGGUAAUGCAAGCAAGAUGGAGAAAAGUGAGCAGAAAUCGGUUAGGAAACAAAGGUUGCCAUCCGGUUGGUUGAGUCUCGACCUUUCUGAGUUGAUUCUGGUGGCUCAAUCUGUUGGUGUGGGGAAAAAAGUAGAGCAACAAUCUCAAAGCCAAGAAUGUCAACUUAGUACAACUCAACAAGCACAAACACAGAAUCCCCCCUCACAGAGACAAGCCCUACGUGAUGUGAGGGCAUUGUGCUAUCAUAUUGCCACAGAGCCGGGCCAGCUCAGUUUCCAAAAAGGGGACGUGCUACAGGUGCUCAGCAGGGCAGACUCUGAUUGGCUAUUUUGUGCUCUGGGGGACAGCCAGGGCCUUGUCCCCAUUAUAUAUGUCACCCUAAUUGAGGACAGUAAGGAGCCCCAGCGUUGAAGUUCUGAAGCAUGGGCUCUGAUGAAGAGGAGUGCGAGAUGGGGUUGGGGACAGAUAGGGGGUCACUAUGAAACCUGAUGCACAAGAGAUGAGUCUGGCAGAUUAAUUUUGUGCUGACAUGUGUAUGUUAACACAAAUAUCACAAAUAUAUGCUGUUAUCAAAUCACCUAUUUGUUUCUGUAAACAGCAAUGAGCCAACCAGCUAUUAGAAAGUGUAGAUCUAGUUACUGAGUAGUGAUAUCGUUUGCGAUGAGCCGUUAGGUUUUGCAACCUAGCUUUUAAACAAACAUGUCAAUAGCCUUUUAAGAAGACCUACAAACCAAAUGAAGUUAUUAGAUGACAAUGCUGGCACACAGGUCUGUGACUUUAUAAAUACUGUAUGAUUUUAUGUCAUCUAGAUGUUAACCGAUUUCUGCGUUGUAACCUUAAGUGUGUGUGCAAAUGCCAUUUGUGGUUGUACAUAACCCUGAGGUCAUUCAAAAACAUCUUGGACGGUUUGUGCAAAAAAGUGUUUCAAAUUUAGCUAAAUAUACUUAUGGGAAUUAAAUCGCUUUAACGGGUUGAACAAUAUUAAAUAUUUUCCUAGCCUUAGGACCAGGGCAGUUAGCCUGUCCAGAGGGAUUGUCUCCAUGACAACAGUCUUUUCUGAUCUAAGGGUGCUUUGACAGAUAAUGGACAAACUAGUAUCAUCUCCACGGUCUCCACCCUUUUGUUUCAUACUUUGCUCACCAUUAAGGGACAAUUUACAGCAAGAUUGUCUGCAUGUGGACUAUAUUGUACUAUAACUCGAAAACUUUUGCACAGUCUGCUAGAGAUGAUGAAAGGGAAGAUGUGUGUACUCUUUGACUACUUUAGACUUUUGUUUUGGUUUAAGCAGACAUGGAAUCCUUUGUGGCCUAUAUUGGUUUAGAUAGAUCCACCUGUACAUAAAUGGAUGGAUGUAAAGAUACUGUAGAAUGGUAUGUAUAGAUUUUUGUGUAAGCAGGCAAAUAUAUAUGAGUUUAAAUGGGUUUGAUGUUACUUAUACUGCAAACAAACACGUCUGAAUGAGAUUAUUUAUUCCAUUCAAAGUCUGCUCUAGCUACCUGUUUAGAUCACUUUAAUGUUUGAAAAUUAUCUAGAAGUUGAAAGACAUUCCUCUGCUUUUGCAUUUUGAGGACAAAGUGAGACAUUUAGACAGGGACGCCAUAACAGUGAACUACUACAUAUGAUUGCAGUGGUAAACUAUUGUGCAUUUAUGAAGUUAUGGCCAAUGGCCAUUUGAUGUGCUAAAUUUCAAGGUGAGGCCUUAGGACAGGAAUGUGUAUUAUGUGUUUUAUUUGAGCAUUAAAUGGUUAUUAAAUGGUUAAUUUUAUUUUAAAUGAUCUUGGGCCCUCAUUAUGGCACUUGAUAUGCUUUUAUUUAAUAUAGUAAUAUAUAAAAAUCACACUUUGAUUUGAGUUUAUCAAAUUACAUUAUGAAGACAUCUCUAGAUGACAAUGUUAAGGUAUGUUUUUGUUAAAACAGUUUUAUUUUUAUUUAUUUUUUCUAUUUAUAUUAUACAUUAGUCAUUAUUUUGUGUAUUUGUAAUUGUACGUAUGUUGCAUUCUCAUGUUCUUGAAAGGAAAACGAGUUCAUUAUUUGUUAUUCACAGCUUAUAACACAUUGAUAUUGUUAACAGUUAAUAACAAUAGCUAUUCAAAUACUAUGUACAUUAUGUUGUUAUGGGAUGUUAUAAGUAGAAGAAAACGCUCUCACACAAAAAGCUGUGCAAUCUAGAUUAUAGUGCUGCUCCUUUAGGUCAUUCUUUGUCACUCAAAGAUUUGUCUGUUGGUCUUCCAAAUACAGUAUGCUUUGCUUUUCACUAGAACCCACCCUGCUAAUGUCAGAGAGGGAGAGGGAAGGGGAGGUAGCUGUCCAGUGCCUUUUUAAUCAGUGUGUCUGCUAUAGAGGGAAUAACUGUGUCUCCUCAAACGUGCUUUGUGCCAUUCAAGUCCUUUUCUGUUACGUAUUAAAAUUGGUCUGAACAAAGACAGGAGUUAAAAGAAACUGGCAAUAAUUUUGGCCAUAAUUCACAAUCAUCUUUCUAUGCAGAUUGUUAGAGGAUGAACACGUUGAAAGUGCAAGUCUUGAUCGGGUGGUUAAUGUAUGUUUGAGCAAUUAUCUCGCUCUCCCUCUCUCUACAUGCUUCAUUGAGAGGUCAUUCUGAUUUGUCUUGCCUGUAUAUAUAUGAUACCUGUAGCCCACCUGUCUCUCCUGCCCCCUCUGUAUGAUCAUGUUGUGCUCCUAUAACAUUACAGCCAUGUGUGGAAAUCAAUAACAAAGUGCUCAUGUGGACACUGAUCUAAUGCCUCUUGUCUCUUUUCUCAUCUCUGUUUCAAAUAGGUGUUAUCUAAAUGAGAAACCUUUU